AAGCAAAGAAAAGAAUGGACUUGGAUGUAAUAAUGGAUGAUAAAGAUGAUGUAGAUAAUUUACAAUCAAAAAAAAAAAAGAACUUAUCUAUUAUAGAAGAACAAUUUGAUAAUGCUGGAAACAUAUAA